AUGUUCGAUGCACCAACCGCCUUUUCCUAUCAUAAUUCAAAUGCUCAAGAUACCAAGGGUCUUUUUAGUAAUAUAACCAUCCCAUCUUCUCUUCCUACUCAACUUUUAUCAUCCUCUUUAGCUAUGCUUCCUUUAAGUGGUUAUUUUAGUCAACAAGAAAACAUAACUUCCCCUGAUACAAAUGAUUUGAGUUCACCAACUGCUCCUCAACAGCCAACCCAUAAUUCUCGACGGGUGGCUCAUCAAAAGCAACAAUCUGUGCAAAAAAAUUCCCUUUCCACAGCCAUCGCUUCUAAUCCGGAAGUUGGUAACAUGGGUAGCCUUAUUACUACUAGAGCAAAUUUACCCUCACCUAUAACUACAUCAAACAAUAAUCGUCGUAAUUCUGGGGCUAAUGUACCUGCUUCACAAUCACUUGCUGUAUCGCAUACUCAUAGAAGAAAGAAACCUUCUAACAAAUUAAACAGAAAAAAAAUCGAUCAAGCCAUUGCUUUCUCUGCUUUUGCUGUUGAAGAAGAUCAUCAAGGAAAUCCUGAUUGUGCAUUGGAUCUCUACUUACUCGGUUUAGAACAUAUGCUCGAAGCUCUUCCAAUUCAUGCUGAUCAAUCACGAAAGGAAGCCUUGGUAGCGAAAUUACGAGAUUUUAUGGAUCGCACAGGCUUAACUGAAGAGGUCAACGAAAAUCCUAAUUCUAAAAAUGGUCAAGUUUCUUCUACCUCUGAACGUAGCAGAACUGAAGGUCCUGGAAUAUCGCAACACAUUAUUCAAGCUGCAAUCACAAGCGCUGUAGCACUUAAACAAUCGCCAAUUCCUGAUGCUAUAUCGGCUACUGUUAAUUAUACCAUGAAUAAAAUUAAAACUAUUGAUGAAGCCUACGGUCUGCAAGAUAAAGCUUGGGAAAUUUCUAGAACUGGUAUCAAUUUAGCUUUAGAAAUUGAUCAACAAUAUAAUGUGCACGAAAAAGUUGGAAAUGCCUUAUUCGUAGGAUUAGCGGCUGCUAUGAAGGCUGGAAUUGCUUAUAAAGAUUCGCCUUCGUAUCGUGAUUUGAAAAAAAUGCAGAUGGAUUAUGAGACUACCGGAAAUGAUAAUACACUUGCUAUCACUAAUCGUGAUGAAUGUUGA